GCCCCGCGCGCGCGCGCGCGAUCUCCGCUCGGUUCAUCGCUAUGCCCACGAGAGGGCGUGGCCUGCGCGUCGGCAGGUGGUCGCUUGGAGAUAGUGAAGGGGUUACGUUUUACGUUCACCUCUUCUUGCAUUUUUCUAAACUCCAAACUCCUUCAAAUCGAACGGAAAACCAUUCUGAAGAAUUGUAGACGCUCGAUCGUACAAAAUCUUACUGAUUUUCUAUUUCUCUUCGUAAGGGAUAUUGUCUAUUAUAUUGAAGCGAGUGAAGAUACCGAAGCGCGUGAAGCAAUAGCUAGAAUGACUAGAAUGACUAGAAUGACCUCAUGUAGAGAUAAGAGAGGAUAAUGAAGUAACGUAUUUGUUGUUCUUCCGUUUCUCUUUCUCUCUCUUUCUUAUCUUUCACAUUUAAUGUUAUAAACUCCUGUUGUAUCCUGAACUUGACCCGCUGACGACGUCCGAGGUUAUUUUCACCGGACAACCUUGACCAGCCAAUUCUGGGCCUAACGACAAUGAACGACAAUCCACAUUUUUUGCGAGGAUUGGGCGCACCUUUUAGUCGUCACGACCAAAAGCGCAUCAAGAGGAAUGCGAAAUUUACAGCAGCUACAAAAUAAUUUCUAUACCUUCACAUGUUUAAUCCUUAAUUAAUGAGGAAAUUAUUAAUAUAAUAACAGCAAUUGUUGGUUGGGUAUCAGUAUUUCAAAAUGUGAAAAUUUUAAUUUAAAACGAAAAAAAUAUGAACGUGGAAAUCAGAUCACUUUUAUCACACGUUUCAUAUGUAUAUACAUUUCAAAUGACAUUUUUGAGUAUCUAUAUGUAAAUUUAUGUGGCAACGUUUCCUAGGACAGUUGCGCCGACACUAAUUAUAACUUAAUAGGAUGUUACUUUUCCGUGUGCAUUACAAGCGAGACUGUAGAAAUAGAUAGACGAGUUGAAUAAAUGACGAGUUGUGUUGCACUAGACGAUGUCUGCAGUUUUUAGAUGAUGGCAAUAAGAUUUAAUGGGGGGAAAAUCUACACGUAUAUCGGCGAAGUCUGCGUGAGCGUGAAUCCUUACAGAAGCAUCAACAUUUACGAUGCGGACCAAAUUAAUAAAUACAAAGGGAGAGAACUAUUCGAAAACCCCCCGCACAUUUUUGCGAUCGCGGAUGCUGUGCACAAGGAGAUGAAGCAACAGGGCAGAGACACAUGUAUCGUUAUCAGUGGUGAAUCUGGUUCUGGUAAAACGGAAGCUAGCAAAAUCAUUAUGAAAUAUAUCGCUGCUGUGACUAAUCUGAGUGGUCAACAGGAGAUCGAGAGGGUAAAGAACAUUCUCAUCCAAUCGAACUCAAUACUGGAGGCAUUCGGCAACGCCAAGACAAACAGAAAUGACAACUCGUCGCGUUUCGGAAAGUAUAUGGACAUCAAUUUUGACUUCAAGGGAGACCCCAUCGGCGGCCAUGUGACCAAUUACCUUCUCGAGAAAUCGCGAGUGGUCUAUCAGCAGAAGGGAGAACGCAACUUUCACUGCUUCUAUCAGUUGUUGAACGGCUGCAGCGAAGCUGAAUUGAACAAGCUACGUUUGGUCCGCGACCCGGCUGCUUAUUAUUUCAUCAAUAAUGAAAGCAACAAUAAGACAGUCACUUCUGACAGAAGCGAUUAUAAAACCGUUUGCACUGCUAUGUCCACCCUCGGAUUUGCCACGAAUGAAACGCAGACUAUAUGGAAUAUCAUCGCUGCUAUCCUACAUUUGGGUAACAUUACUUUCAGAUUGAAUGAUGACAAACUUGUAAUUGGGAAUAACAGUGCUUUAAAUGACACCGCUAACUUGUUUUCCAUCAACUCGAAAGAUCUGAGCACUGCUCUCUCACAGAGAGUCAUAGCGGCGGGUGGAGAAGUCAUGCAGAAGACUCACACAUUGAUAGAAGCAGAAUACGGCCGAGAUGCAUUAGCGAAGGCAAUAUACGAACGAUUGUUCACGUGGAUAGUGUCGCGUGUCAAUGGAUCGAUCAACGUAAAUAACAGUGACGAUAUGAAGAGAUACGGAACUCUGAUUGGUGUGCUCGAUAUCUACGGGUUCGAAAUUUUUGAUAUAAAUAGUUUUGAGCAAUUUUGCAUUAAUUAUUGCAACGAAAAGCUACAACAACUUUUUAUCGAAUUGGUUUUGAAACAAGAGCAAGAGGAAUAUCAGAGAGAAGGGAUAGCUUGGCAAAAUAUUGAAUACUUUAACAAUCAGAUCAUUUGCGAAUUGGUCGAGCAAGCUCACAAGGGGAUUAUAGCGAUUAUGGAUGAAGCUUGCCUUAACGUUGGGAAAGUCACCGAUGAGAUGCUUCUCAACGCAAUGGACAAGAAAUUAGUAGACCAUAAACACUACAGCUCUCGACAGUUAAAGCCGAUGGACAAAGAAUUGGAACAUAGAAUACAAUUUAAGAUCAAACAUUAUGCCGGUGAUGUAAUUUACAAUAUCAAUGGCUUCCUUGAUAAGAACAAAGACACGCUCUUCCAAGACUUUAAACGUAUGCUCUAUCAGAGCAAUAAUUCCGUAAUUAGUAAGAUGUGGCCUGAGGGUGCUCAGAAUAUUUUGCAGACAACAAAGAGGCCUUUAACUGCUGGCACGUUGUUCCGCAAUUCUAUGAUAGCACUGGUGAAGAAUCUAGCAAGUAAGGAACCGUUUUAUGUCAGAUGCAUAAAACCCAACGAAGUAAAGUCUCCAGUUGUGUUUGAUGACGAGAGAGUAAAUCAUCAAGUGAGAUACUUGGGACUUGUAGAGAAUAUAUUGGUGAGACGAGCUGGUUUCGUGUACAGACAACGAUAUGACAGAUUUCUGAAAAGAUAUAAAAUGAUAUCGCAAUAUACAUGGCCAAACUUCCGAGGCAGCAGUGAUAAGGAUGGCGUACGCACGUUAAUGGAUGAAAAGGGUUUCUCGAACGACGUUAAGUAUGGCCACACGAAGAUAUUUAUUCGCUCGCCGCAGACCUUAUUUACAUUAGAAAGGAUGCGUAGCGACUUAAUACCGGGCAUCGUGAUUCUCUUGCAAAAGCAAUGGAGAGGAUAUCUCUGCCGUCAAAAAUACAAGAAGAUGAAGGCCGCGUUAGUGCUAAUAGAACAUUAUAGGAGAUACAAACGACGCAUUUAUAUCAAGCAACUCGAGCGAACGUUCAAAAACGCCAAGAAUCUGCGAAAUUACGGCAAAACCUUGCCGUGGCCGCGCGAAAAUUUUGCAGUGAGACACGUGGUGCCCGCCUUAAAAAAAAUGUACGCGAGAUGGUGGGCGUGGAUGAUACUCCGAGCGAUUCCUCGGGAGGAUUGGCCACAACUUCGACUGAAGAUGGCAGCGGGUGCUGUAUUGCGCUCGAAGCGAUCUUAUUGGGGCCAGGAUCGUCGCUGGGAAGGAAACUACUUGUCCAAGCCAGAUGAGAAUUCUCAAAGUGACAUUUUCAACUCGUCAAUAAACAAUCUACGAAACACCGACCAUUUCAAGACCGUCCUGUUCAGCGCGUUUAUUAGGAAGACCAACAGGUUUAACAAAUCGGCGGAUCGAGUUUUGGUAGUGACGGAGCACACCGUGUAUAAACUCGACGGCGUCAAAUUCAAGAACAUGAAGAAAGGCAUGCCGAUAGCGGAGAUCACCGGCCUAAGCGUUUCACCUGGAAGGGAUCAGCUUAUUACGAUUCAUUCGAAUCGCGGAAACGAUUUCAUUCUAUCGAUCAUUGCCAAAGACGAUAGGAUCGGAGAGCUGGUUGGCGUACUGAGCAAUCGAUAUUACCAGCUGCGUGGCACUGACUUGCAUGUCACAGUGGAUGUGCGGUUCAAGUGCAUGCUUGGCAACAAGAGCAGACUAUUGCACAUCGAGGUAAUGCCUGACGUAAUUGAACCCACGUUCAAGAAAGAUGGUAAUCAAAUUGUCUUUGCCAUUCCACCGUCGGCAGGCAUCAUUGAAGGUGGUACAAGACAAUAGAUUCGCACUGGUCAAUUAAGUAAAGUCUGACAACUUUGCUUAAGAAAUUUUAUAAAAAAAAUAUAUUGAAUAUAUUUUUUAAUAACAUACCGUUGUCAAACGUGUUCCGCCGUGCGGUUGUCUUACAGAAAAUCAAUCAACGAUUUCGCGAGACAAAUAUCCAGCAAUCAGGAUUCGCAUUUUUCCUGAUUGAAUCGAUUAUUUCGCAUAUAUUUUUCAUGCAAUAUUAAUCAUGUUGUGACGAACGUCAAUGCAAUGAGUAUCAAUGAAUUUUAUUAUAACGAAAGUUCAAUCAGUAUCUAUAUCUAUUGCGCAAACGUUCAAAUUAAGUGUGAUGUCUGAGUUCUCAUUAACAUAUAAUUAUAUUAUUAUAGAUGUUGAUAUAUAUCAGUGCAUAUAUAUAUAGCCAGAAAUUCAAGCAGGUUUCUUUUCGCGUACAAAAAUAUUUAAAAAAUAUUAAUUUUUUAAAAUAACGUUAUAAUAUUAUAUAGCAUCAUAAAUUUUAAUUCUCAUUGUAAUGUUUAAUGUUAUUUAUCGUAUUUGUUUUUUGUUUCAACGAUUUCAACGAGAAACCAUUUUUUAAACGAUUUCAACGAGAAACAUAUUUUAAACGUUUAAAAAGUUUCAAAUCUCAUGAAUUCUGUGGUGUCUGCAUAAUACAAAUACUUAAGUCAAGAAUAUAUAAAGAUGUUGCAACAAGUACAAGUAAUUACGCAUAUAUAAUGUAUACAAGUCACUUGUGUAGCGCAAAGCGUACGAGAAAUUUGAUAAACUCUUUUCGUACGUUGAUAUAUAUUCUGUCGAGAUAUAUCGAUCGAUAUAUUGCGCACAUAAUGCAUUUCUCUGUAAAUACUCUACAAUGUAUUAUAAAUUUUGUUAGCUUUUAAUGUGCGGAUGAGUGGGAGAGAAAUGUGAACGAGAUGUGAAAUUUACGAGAAUGAAUUUCAUCGGGGUAUAAUAGUGAAUGCGAAUAAUUUAUAUGAGGUAACUUAAAUGUUAUUCAUGGAAAAUCAUCGAGUCUUUCUCUAUUUUUUCGCGGUGGAAAAUGAUGCUAUUGACAUGUUAUACAGAAUUAUAUACAAUUAUACAAAACGUUUCUCAUUAACUGCAAUGUGCUGUAAGCUUGUGGCCUUCUACUUACUACUAGAUCGAAAUAUUUUUUAAAGAUUUUUACAGACAUUUACCUACAAAAAGCAGUAUAACAAAACAGAAAAUAUAUAAAUGACUAUGAAAAUAAGUGCGACAAGACAAAAUAUAUAUAUAUAUAAAUAUAUAUGUACACCUGUAGUGCCUGCCAACUCGACAUAAAAUGCAACGAAAGUUAAAUGCGUCCUUUUCCAAAGAAAGUUUUGGAUCUUUCCAUGUACUUAUUGUUAGAUUUAGAAACUGUAUAGAAACAUAUAUAUAAACGCGUACGAUCAAGCUUAAUCAAAAUAUAUAUUUACGAUUAUCUCAACGUUAAUUCGAAAAAAACUUGUUAUACAUUGCCAUAGGAUCCAAUAUUCCGGUACUUAUGCAUUUAUAAAGCGUUUAUAAAAAAACGAGAUAAUUCCCUUUCUUUAAAUUUAUAUAUUUUCAUAGAACAGAGUUUACUUUAUUUCCAUCGAUAAUUGUAAUUGCAAAACGCUUUAAAACACAUUCAGAAAUGUGCCAUUGUUAGAAAAUAAACUGAAAUUUUCAUCUUA